GUUUCGUUUGGACAAAAACUGCGAAUUUUAUGAAAAUUUUUCAGGCACAAAAAGGGCACUUUGCUCCUGUAAAAAGGGCACUUGCCAAAACUUGGGGGGGCCAUGGCCCCCCUGGCCCCCCCGGUUCCUACGCCCCUGGUUUUUAUAUCGAACAGUUUCAAACAUGGAGGUUAAAAUUCAUAUCGAAAGUGAAUGUCCAGUGCCAUAUCAAACAUCAGAUUUAAAAAUAAAUUUAAACAACGUCGAAUGUAUUGGCGAUUUAAAGAAGAAGCUACAACCCUUACUCAGUGUUGCGGCAUGUGAUAUGUCUGUUUACCACAAGACACGACGGGAAUUAGAAAACAGAGAGAAAAUAUCAAAUUUGUAUGUGCGAGAAGGAGACACGUUUAUUGUUAAAUUUAUAAGCGUGUGCGAUGUACACUUCUUAUCGAAAUUUUUUGAUGAUAUGAGAGCGUUUGUAAAAGAUGUUUGCGAAGCAUUUUCCGAUGGGGAUCGAAUAGUGGAAAAUAUUGACUGGAAUGCUGAUAGUUUAUCAGCAGCUGAUAAUUGUUAUGAAAAUCUGUUAGCAAAUUUGGACAUAUGUAACCAGGAUAUGUUUUCACCAUGGAAAUCCAAGCCAACAAAAGCAAACAAACAUUUUUUGUACAAGAAGGUGGAUUGGAUCUGUUGGCUACAAUCUAUAACUUUGCUUCUAAAAAACAGUAUCCAUUGGCAACAAUAUGGUAUGUAAGGGGAUAUGGAGCCAGGCUGGCCUGGUCAACUCGGGAGGAUUUGUUUAGUAGGGUUCUUAUCAUGGCUUUGAUAAACAUCCUUAAAACACUCAUUAAUAAUGCAUAACCUUGUGGCAAAUCAUGUCGGCCAUAAUAUGUCAUCAUUGAAACGUUCCCAAGGGGAGGUACAUGACUUUUCAGGUGCAAAAAUUCUCGGGAGGUGCAAAACGAUUCUGGAGAGGUGUGCACCUCCCCUCAAAAUCUGUGCCUGGCUCAUUUGAACAGCCCCCAACAAUUAGGUUGUUUGUGGAUAAGCACUUUCAUAACGAUCAACAUGAUGAAUGAUGUUGUCUGGCUUUUGACCGAGUACAGUAUAUUAAUGUGCAUUUUAUGGGGCAUUGUUGCUGAGUAUGUUAGCAAGAGUCAUGGCAUGGGCAGUCUGCUAAUUGAAUUAAGGCAAUUUAUACCAUUAAGGCAAUUUAUACCAUUAUUAAGGCAAUUUAUACCAUAGUGCUCUCCUUUAGAGGGGCUUCUGACACUGGUAAAAUCGGAGGAAUUCAAGGAGGCAUCUCCACCAUUUUAUCUAAUAUGGCGGCAAACUGGGCGAUGAUUAUAAUCAAUUAUACAGGAAGUUAUCAAAUUUUCACUCAGUAAAUGAAUUGGUUUGUGUGAGCAAAUGAAUUGAUAGAAUAUUUUAGGAACACUUCCAUUGCCACAACUGUAAUACUUUGUAUUUUGCCAUAAGUCUAUAUUAUCCUACUCUGUCAGGGUUUUUUUCAGGGACUUUUUAGGGCCGUUAAACGGCCCCAAAAACUCAAUCUUGAAUUGAGUUUUAAAACUCAAUCUUCUCACCAAAGUUUCAGUGCAGUAAAAAUGAAAUUGUUUGAGUUAAAUUUGUGACUUGUGGAAAUUAGUUUUCAGUUGGAAACCCGACAAUUAAAAAAAAAUGGCCGGAAUUCAUCUCACAACACAAGAAAAACUAUGCAUUCGCCAUCUUUAACCAGUUUAUAUAUAGUGUCCCUUUAUAGUGCCCCUGCUUUAACACAUUCUGUCUCAACUACAGGUGUCAGCCCCCCGGUAGGGGGAGGGGUGCAGCCACCCCAGCUGUUCAGCUAAACUCAAUCUUCUCUGCAAAAAUGGACCCAAGAGAAAAUCCUGAAAAAAAACCUGUCUGUCUAAUGCCAGAUGAUGAAUGCCAGGUAGAGCUGUGCAAACUCUGGCUCCGGCAAGAAAUUUUUAAGGAAAUUCCAUAUUUAAAAGUGGAAGCAGGCGAAAGUAUUUCAGUGUAUUAAUUUCAGAAUUUAUCUUUUUUAAAAACCUUUUUACAACACUAUUAAUAGUAAACCACAUAGUAAUAUAUAGUAAAACAACUUAUAAAUAGUAAUAUAUUAGUAAACAACAACUUAAUUUUCCCAUUUAAUGCUAAAUGUUUGUUGAAAUAUGAAAUAAUUUUUUAUGAAUUUUGUCUGCCAAAGUUUUCCGGCUCCGGCAAAAUAUGCCGGAGCUCCGGCACUCUGGCUCCGGUGCACUGCUCUAGAUCAGGGGGAGAGUGCUGCAACUCAAUGGGUUAAUCAGACUACCGUAAAGUCUCGAAAGUAAGGGGGCGCUUACUUUCGAAGAGUGCCUACUUUCGAGUUGUUAUUUUCAGCAUUGGCCAUUUUUAUAUUCAUUCUAUACAGUAUAUAUGGUAUACAUAUGGAUUAGAGAGUUUCUUUAAUUUAAGAGUUUUUACUUCUAAGAUAUGACCGGUAUCUACGUAGUUACUAAAACGUGGAACGACCCACAACGAGCCACAACAACCCCACAAUGACCCACUACGACCCCACAACGAUCCACAACGACCCACUACGACCCCACAACAACCCACUACGACCCCACAACGACCCACUAUGACCCCACGACGACCCACUGCGACCCACAACGACCCACGACGAUCCCACUACGACCCACUACAACCCCACAACGAUCCACUGCGACCCACUACGACCCACAACGAAUGCAAAAUUGCAACUGAAGGUAAUUUUGGGAUCGUUGUGGGGUCGUUGUGGAUCAUUGUGGGGUCGUUGUUAGAUCGUAGUGGGUCGUUGUGGGUCGUAGUGCGGUCGUUGUGGGUCGUUCCAUGUUUUAGUAACUACGCCGGUAUCUAACACUAAUACCGUAAAGUCUCGAAGUAAACGCCCUGCUUAAUUUCGAUAUUAAAUUAGUGGCCUGAAGGGGCGCUUACUUUUGAGGGGGCGCUUACUUUCGAAGGGGUGCUUACUUUCCAGAUUCUCUAGCAAGUGUUGAAAAAGGUGCUUACUUUCGAGGGGCGCUUACUUUUGAGGGGGCGCUUAUUUUCGAGACGUUACGGUAUCUCCCUAUACACCCUGUGAACUCUUUAAGUGGCAAUGUGCCCAGAUGUGUCCUUCUUUAUUAUUUUAUUCUGUCUAAUGCCAGAUGAUUUUAGGGUGUUUAUUCUUUUUCAGCACUUUUGGACUAGGAGGGGGCUAAAUAGAGGAAAUAUGAUAGAAUAAUUUAAUCUUACCAUACACUGACAUCGCUCUAAUAUUUGUGUUUAUAAUAGCUCUUGAUAACCUGGCACUGUUGGCUGUUGUGCAAUGAUCAGAACACUGCACCGGAUUUGCAAAUUUGAUUCCUGCUGGAGAGCAUAGUAUAUAAUGCUAAUAUAUAAAGUAUAUAAUAUUUUUGUUUGUGGAAACACCACAUAAAUUUAUUACGGCAAAGCUUUCGAUCCGGGCUUAUCAAAGCUUAAGAUCCGGGCUUACAGAUCGAAAGCUUUGCAGUAAUAAAUUGAUGUGGUGUUAACACAAACAAAAAAUUAUAUAUUUAUAUGUUCUAUUGCCAUGCAAACCUACAAAGAACUUAUUGUAUAUAAAGUAUUUGCAUUUAAUUUUUAUCCACCAAGAAAACCUGUAUCUUUUCGUUACUUUAGUGAACAUGUGGCGAGUUACUUUAAUAAUAAGCAAACGGAACUGGAAAUGUGUUGUCUCUCUUGUCUGUGGGUUUUUUCUGAAAUUGAAGAAGAUCGUUCUUUGGUUUUAAAAAAGAUUGGUCUAGAGCCUUUCAUUCACUCACUUCUCAAAAAUACGCCUGACGUUGAUGAUGAUGACGAUUGGACAUGUGAUGUCGUUCAUGCUUCUUCAGGGUGUUUAGCAGGGUAUGAAAUUUAACAUUUUUUCAGUGUCGCACCAUGGAUUGUAAAAUAACUGGAUAGGAAACUUCCUGAUGUCACAGUCUAAACCUAGUUGCCAAAGUUCUCAGCAUAUUUCAUUGUAGAAUGGCCUAGUUAUAUUUAUUUGCUCUUAAAAUGUUUAGCUGUAUUAUUGCUAAACAUGCCGUUUUUGAGAAUUUGGUUUGCAACUAGGUUUCAAUGCCAUCAUCCCAUUGAAAACAUUAGGUCACGUCAGCUAGUUUCCUAUCCAUAUAUUUUAUUAUCCAUGGUCACACUAGUAUACCAGGAUUCAAAUUUCUAGUAUCCCCAUGAGAAUCCAGUAUUCCACUUCUGCAUACUGGUUACCAUAAGUUUUGACAUCCUUGAACCAUCCAAAUAAGGGCCUGCAUGUUCAUACAAACUCGGUUUGUGGGGAAGUCCACCUGAGUGCAUGAUUGGAUGAAUUAUUUCUCUGUCCAUAAUAUUGUUUUAAUCCGGCCUAUUUCCUAAUUAGCGAAUUUUCAGUAAUUUAGUAUUACGCGCGGUAAAAAUAACCACUCUCGGCUCAAAAAUAGUUAUUUUUACCGCGCUUAAUACUAAAUUACUGAAAAUUCGCUAAUUUCACAGGGCUAUAUUUUCCGUAUUUUACAAUAUUUCGCAACCAAACUUUGCAAUUUUCGCUAAUUAAAAGGAUGCUUCUUUUGAGCUAUAAUGAAAUAUAUCGUCUGUCUUGUCUAUAGAUAAAAAAUUAGUCGAUAGCUGGAAUUGUCUAUUACCAAAUUAACUAACUAACAUUAAAUGGAGAGAGUCGCUGAAAUAAUUCUUUUUUCAUAUUAGAUGUGCCGAAAUGCCGGGCAUACCACAAGUUUUAGCCGAGAACCAUGAAGUUUUAACAAAACUCUUUUGGCUUACAUGCAAUGCUCCAGACGACUUUCAGAAAGAGGUUGCAGCAAAUGUAUUAUUUUGUUGCUCAAAUCAUCCCAAGGCUGCUAGAAAGAUCAUUGAAAAUCAACGUCAUUGUUUGGUACUUGAAAAAGCCCAAGAGUUGGAAUUAGCUCGAGAGGAUCGUUCUGCGUUGUCUUUUACACCUGGUGUGGCGUGAGUAUAGCAUGGUAAUACACUCUUCCGCUGUCAAGCGAAAUGUGACCAAGGGUAGGUCAUUUAUUUCGCAGGUGUAGGGGCGAAGUACUACAAAUUUACUCACAUUUGUACUCACAUUUGGGUCCAAAUGUGGUGCAUUUCCCCGCGCGUAAUACAAAUUAAUACAAAAUUUGCAAAUUUCCCAGGGCUAUAUUUCCGCAUUUCAUAAUAUUUCGCGUCCAAACUUUGCAAUUUUACUAAUUUUAACAUGCUCUUUCUAGCUGUGGUGAUGGAUUGUGUUCUUCGCACAAUUUAGUCUAUAGCUUGAAUCAUCUAAUAAUAAAACUCCAAUAAAAAAACACAUUAAGGGUGAACGUAUAGUGAACGAUAUUUCACCAUAGACAAUCCAAAAGACACUUUUUGUCUUUUGGAUUGUCUAUAAUUUCACACAAAUUCAUGAUUUUGCAAUGCAGCGUGAGAAUCAGAUAUUAUAUCGUUCCAAGGCUCUUUCUUCUUGGGAAGGAAAGAUGGAAAGACCCUGGUAAGAGCUGGCCACAUGGCCCACAAAAACUUGAUUGCUUAAGGGGGGUGAGGGAAAAGUUCUGAUUUUACAUGCUUCCACUUCCGCACUUUACACUUUGAGAAUCGUAUAUACUUCAGAAUACUUGCUAAAUUUGAUUUCUCUUUGCUUUUAAAUGAUAAAAAUAUGCUAAACAGAUUUUUGCUCAAUCAACGGACUGCUUUCCCCAGAAUUUCUCUAGCAAUAAACUAAACUAUCCUUUCUAGAUACUUUCUCAGUCUAUUUUUGGCCAACAUUCAAACUUUGCCCGAAGAAAACCUGCUUCCUUACGACGAAAUGCAGCAAAUCAACCAAAUCUUAGAAGCUUUCCUGCAUAUAGUCACUCCUUCCGAAAUUGGCCGUCUUGAAGCAGAACAUAGUUAUGUGUGGAUAAGCUUAAUUCCAUUUCUCCAGCUAGCUUUGGCAGGACCGAGUGGGUCUUUUGGGACUGCGAAUGAGCGACUUAAAACUCGUCCCCACGUCUCUGUGGAUCCCCGCUCGGAAAUCGGAACCAAACCCGGUGAAAAAACUUGCGAUGCGGAAAUUUCCAACAACCGUGGAAUUGGUCCGUAUAAUUUUUCCCCGGUGGAAAAAAUUGGUUUGUUCUGCCUUUGUCAUUUGGCAAAUGCCUCUGAAAACAGAGAGCUGUUCAAAAAGGAAAAACUUGAAGAUUAUUUAAUUUGUGUUUGUUGGUUUGCACAACGCUGUCCCGAAGUCGUUGAUUUAACACCAAAACUUGAUGGAUUCGAGCGCUUAGAGCCACCACGCUUAGAAUCAAUAGCAAAAGCAUAUCUUUCAAAAUGUUUCGGUGAAAAAAUAAUGUAGGAAAAACCCGCAUGAAAGAACCACCUUUUUAUGCCAGGCUGAAGUGGUUCUUUAACUUAUAUAGUAGGGAAAAAAAUAGGUACUUUAUGAGAAGUCAAAAAGUUAUAAAGUGCAAUAAUAGUGUAUUACAAAAUCUUGAAUUGUUAAAUGCAAGAAAUUCACAACUUUGAUAAACAUUCCUCUCAGGAAACACGGAAAUGUUCUUCCGAGGCUUCGGAAGCGCUAAGGUUUUCUGGGUAGCAUGCCCUCAGACCCGCAAAUGUUUUCUGGGGGAGCAUGCCCUCUGAAUUUGAGACUCGUAGUCAGUCUGCCCAUAGUUAAUAGAGGAGAUGGUUUGGAAACUCGUUAGCAUUACAAUAAAAUGACAUUAAACCUCAUUAUCUAUGUUGUUCAGGUUUAUGCAAAAAUGUGAUCUUUCAUCGUCACGUGCGUAUUGUAUUUUUCUCAAGUCAACCAAUAGGAAUGUUCAAAAUGUCCUAUUGUUAAAGUCCUGGAUGGGCAAUAGGACAAUUUUGCUGGUUGAGCAAAAAUACAAUACGCACGUGACGAUGAAAGACCACAUUUUUGCAUAUAAACCUGAACAAAAACCUACAUAGUGAGGUUUAUUGUAAUGCUAAUGAGUUUCCAAACCAUCUCCUCUAUUAACUAUGGUCUGCCCACCGAGAUAAAUACAUGCUAUAAUUUAUCUUCGUUUAAAGGCCAUGUUAAGUCCGUAAUGUAAACAAACGCUUUGUUUACAUUUUGAACUCAGUGCUACAGUUGUAAAAUAUGAUUAGAUAUAUAUUAUACGUGUACUGAAUUUUUAACACUCUUCUGGUUCGCUAUGCUUGUAAAUGAAUACAGACUAGAGAUUCAAUUCAAGAAAGUUCAAAAGAUACGAAAUAUUAAUAACAUUCCAACGGUCGGGUCCCGACCAUUGGAAUGUAAGCCUGCGCAGAACGUAUGCGCAGAACGGACUUUAUAUGGUCUUUAAUUAAACGCUUAAUUAAUUAAAAUAAUUUUUCUGCUAACCAAAAAUUGUUAAUCUAUUAUAUUAUUGAGAAGGCAUUCGGAACUGUCUCAGAUUCGGAUGGAAAUGUCCAAGAAUUCCUACUAUUACGAAUUUUGAGAUGAACGAAUUAUCUCCCAAUAUAAAGUAUGUUUUUUUAAGGAGCAGUUUAAUGUACAUUUGGUUUUGAGGCCCAUCGGCAAUUUUUUUUAUUUUAUCGUGCUAAUCUUUACUCCCUUUUUUAUCGGAAAACUUCAGUCUUCUACCCUUCGCUG